AUGGUGCAUGGGCAUACACAUCACCCUCAUGAGAACAUCUUGCCGCGGGUGAUUGUCUACGAGACUCUGGAACCGGACUUUGUUGGUGAGGUUGGAGGCUACGUAACUCGGGCUGAAAAUGAUAUCGCAAGCGUAGUCGAUAGUAUCACUAAAGAUGAUCCUACGACAACAACAAAGCAGACCAAAACCACUGAGGAGACGACCACUACCAAAAAGACGACCGCUGAGAAAACAGAAACUACCUCUGUUCAAAAAGAAGCCACCACGACUACAAAAACUAAAGUAGAUACUACUCAUACGACCGAAGGCAAGACAGCGGGAACUACUACAAACCAGACUACGAGUGUCGCGUCAGAGACCACUUCGACUCCAACUUCUUUCGCAACUUCCAUAUCAACGAAUUCGACCCAGGAUCUUUUGACGACAUCUACGGCAUCAGCCAGUGACUUGAAAGCUUCAGCUUCCCCGACAGCAGUCAGCCUGCAUUCCACUGGCAUGUCUUCUGGAGCCAAGGCCGGUACAGCAAUCGGUGUUAUACUUGGUAUUGGUCUUCUGGCUGCGUUGAUCUUCUUCUUUUACCGAAGGAACAAGAAACAAAAUGAGGCAGAUGAGCUGUUGGACGAGAAGAAUGUUAGCACCAAAAACCUGCCAGCUCGUCCGACUGUUGCACCAACCCAUGCAGCGGCUCCACAGCUCAAUGUUCGCCCAGUCACUCAAUUUGCUCCUGAUUUGAGCAACACGGCCACUGGUGCUGUAGAAGAUGCCGCUGCUGGCGCGGUCACUGGAGGUGCAGUCGUUACCAUGCGCAACCUCACAGGUGACGGCACCCCGCCUCCUACUCCACCCAAGUCCAUCAGCCCCGAUCCGUUCAGUGACCCUGAGAAUCCCUUCAGAAAUGCCACCCCUUCGGUCAAUUCACAAAACGUGCCUGUUUCUCCGACAGACACAGGUUCUUCGGUGCCUGUCGCGGCAGAAGCGACAGCAGCAGAUGCAGGUACUUUGGCAGCCGUUGGCAAAGCCGCUUCCAUCUCUUCCGAAACUGCCCAAGAACAACCCCGUCCGUCCACUGCCGAAUCAGCAAUAUUGCAGCCCGGUUCUCUUUCAGUUGCGGGCAGUGUUGAUGGUGACUCAGUUUCAUCUGCCGCCAUGGCAGCUGGUACCAUAGGUACUACUGGCGUGGCUAUGGCCGCCGUUGCUGCUGCCGGUGCCGAUGCUGGUUCUCAAGGCGCAGCUCCAAGUAACGUGCACAGAGUGCAGAUGGAUUUUGUCCCGACACAGCCAGAUGAGCUCCAACUUCGAACUGGUUCCUUAGUUCGUAUGCUACAUGAAUAUGACGACGGAUGGGCUCUUUGUUUGCGCCUUGAUCGUUCGCAGCAAGGGGUUGCUCCGCGCUCCUGUCUCUCUGCGCGCCCUAUCAAACCUCGCUCGCGUCCGCCGCCUGAAGCGGGCCCUGGCCCUGGCCCUCGUGGUCGACCUAUGAUGGUAGGCCCUAACGGUCGCCCUAUGUCCCCCGCAGGACGUGGGCCAGGUGGACCUCCAGGAGGCCGAUUCUAUCCUCAAGAUGGGCGAUCUGGAUCCCCUGGGCCAGGAACCUCCACUGGCUCUGGAUAUGCGGGCCCAGCCCCUCUACGCAACUCCCCUGGUCGCUCUAUGUCCCCAGUCCAUCAGUUCCCCAUCCCUCGUUCAAUGUCUCCAGGCGGUGGACGACCCGGUUCACCUUCCAUGUCCCCGCGGUCCAUGUCACCCGGUCCAGGCAUGCGACAAGGGCAAAGAUCAAUGAGUCCUGGUCCCUACGGCCCCCCUGGAAUGAGACGACCUACAAUGCCUGCAGCCCAGCGAGCCCGUAGCAACAGUGCUGGAAAUGUUCCUCCACGCUCUGCUCCUGUUCACCCCAGUCCUUUAGCGGCAGGGCCUCCAGUCCCAGCUCCCACAGCCGACCUUCCUUCCCUCCCUGACUCCACAUCAGACUCUCCCAACGAAUCUAAUGUUAGCAAAAAGCCUGUUCCUGGACAGAGCUCCUAA